CUGUGCAGAUCUCGUAUCCCUAAAACGUUAAUCGUAGGCUAUUGGAGGGCGGUUUUAAAUCGAAAGAAGUAAUUUCCGUAAACACCGUUUACGAUUGGUUGGUUGAAGAAUCCCUUUAAUAUACUUGCUUAAAUGAACAAAUGUGUGGCUUACAAGUGCCUCCGUUAACAUGAAUAGGCAUACAGUCAUGGAUAGAGGUGAUUACAGGCAGAGACGCACAAGGAGUGCGCGAGAUUGCAAAAGAACUGGAACUCAAGACACGUCGGAGAAAAGGGAAAUUACAGACGUGCUCAGAUCUCUGAGUGUGGGAAAUACAGAAGAAAAAUAUGUAAUGGAGGACGACAGUUGCUUUCUCAAAAGUCGAAGCUUGGAGCACAGGGUCAUGGCUCCCCGCUAUAGCUUGCUAAGUGAGAUUGGAAGGGGCAGUUAUGGCGUGGUUUAUGAAGCAGUUGCUCGAAGGUCUGGGACCAAAGUAGCAGUAAAGAAACUCCGAUGUGAUGCCCCAGAAAAUGUGGAACUGGCGCUGCAAGAAUUCUGGGCUCUGGCUAGCCUGGAGAAACGACACGAGAAUGUGGUUCAGUUGGAAGAAUGCGUGUUACAAAGAAACGGCAUGGCUCAGAAAAUGAGUCAUGGAAAUAAGCGGUCCAAGCAGUACUUGCGUUUGGUUGAGACCUCACUGAAAGGCGAGCGGGUGUUGAGCCACCCUGAGGAGCCCUGCUACCUUUGGUUUGUCAUGGAGUUCUGUGAAGGCGGUGACCUGAACCAGUUCAUCCUAUCGCGACGGCCAGACCCACAGACCAACAACAGCUUCAUGCUACAGCUCACCAGCGCAGUGGCGUUCCUGCAUGAAAACAACAUUGUCCACCGCGACCUCAAACCCGACAACAUCCUCAUAUCAGAGAAGUCAGGAACACCAGUGCUCAAAGUGGCGGACUUUGGGCUCAGCAAGGUGUGUGCUGGUCUUGGGAGAGCAGGCAAGAACAAGGAAGGAGGGAAGGACAAAAACAUAAAUGUUGUAAAUGUCAAUCAGUUCUGGCUGUCUUCUGCAUGUGGCUCAGACUUCUAUAUGGCGCCCGAGGUGUGGGAGGGUCACUACACGGCCAAGGCAGAUAUCUUUGCCCUGGGCAUCAUCAUCUGGGCCAUGCUGGAAAGGAUCACCUUCAUCGAUGCUGAGUCCAAGCGCGAGCUGCUGGGUACCUACGUCAAACAGGGCACGGACAUUGUGCCGGUGGGCGAGGCGCUACUAGAGAAUCCAAAGAUGGUACUGAACAUCCCCCAGAAACGCAGGUCCUCCAUGUCAGACGGUGUUAAAAAGCUGUUGCAAGACAUGCUGGCCGUCAACCCUCAGGACCGGCCAGACGCCUUUGAGCUACAGACCAGAGUGGACAAGGUCACAUGUGCUGCCUAACCCCUGCUGUUGGCGUCAAGUCCUUUUACAGAUUUCAUAUUUCCUGGUACUCGCAACUCCUGAAAACUGUGAAACGCCAAUCUUAAUAACUGUGAAGACAGCUUUUAACGUGACUGCAUUUUGGAGACUUUUCUUUUUCUGUUUACAGUGAAUCUUCAAAGAUUUGAAUACAGGGAAUGCUUUACUUAGCCUGAGAUUUUUUUUUUAUCAAGAAAUAAUAAUGAAGACAACAUGUACUUUACCUGUAUUGAUGUAACAUUUUUGUUAUAUCUGCUGCUUGGCCUUGUUGGAUUGAACACUGAAUGUGUUUUUCUUGUGGCUCAUCACCUGUCAGUGCCAGAACAUGGUAAGCCUCUGGCACAGUGUACAGACGUAGCACACAGGGACUAUAUUCUUUACCGCAUCGUUGCUAGAUAUUUGACUGGUUCCUGUCCAGUUUCCCCCAACACAAUUAUAUCUUUGAAAGGAAAGUCUAGAAUGAUGGUUAAGUGGCUGGUUUGAAUUCCUGUCUGCUUGUGUGGACAGUUAGAAAUGGGCACUCGCUGCACUUUGUUAGCCCAUCAGAACUAACUAGGAACAAGAAGCCUAAACCUUUUGAGAGAGAAAUCCAGUUAAGACUAGUGCCUUAAAAAUUAGUUUACAGUGGAAUUUAAAUAUCCAAACAAUUUUAUCCUAAUUUUAUACCUUCAUUUUUUGAAUUGGCCUUAAUUGUUGACUGCAGAUGGGGGAUAUGUUGGAAAGUAUGUGCAAUUAGCCAGUGGAUGCCCAUUGCAAUGUUGGAGCUGCAUUAUUACAGUAAUGUCCACCAAAAGAAGAUUGUUUAAUUUAGACUUAAAUUUUAAACUUCAUCGAUAGUAUAGGGAUGCAUCGAUAUAAUAAAACCACUAUAAACCCGAUAACUUAUAAUUUAUUUGCCUAUUUGUACCCUUGAGUAUAUAUCAAAUUGUUAAUUUCUUUAUAAGAAACACCAUGAAUGUCUACAAGUGAAAGCAAGUAUCUUGUAUACAUGGCAUGUUGAUUAGAUAUUUAUAUAUAAUUGGCAAUCUUUUAAGAUAAUUCUCACAAUACCCGAAUAGCCUUACUGCUUAAAGUUGGUAAAAAAAAAAAAAAAAGGUACAAAUUGGUUUAGAAAAUCAUAUUUUUCACUAAUAGGCUGUCAUCCUUUCCAAAUGAUUAUCAUAAAAUGUUGGGUAGUUCAGUGUCCCUGAUGUACAGAGUUAAAUAAUUCUUCUUGUAGUUUUUUCCCCCUAUUGUUUUGGAUUCUGUUUGGCUACUUUGACCCAGUCUGGGGUGGGUAUGUGCCACCAUGAAAGGGUUUGUAUAACUUGGUAUGAUAUCGGAACUAUUUUUAUGGUACAACAUGUCCAGAACUGAACAUUAAUCAGCUAUUUAUUAAUCAUUGGAGUUCAACCCCACCACAGAAGGUCUACAAUCACAUAAUUUAUUUGAUCUGCACUACAGUCUUUCUGUCUCCCUUUUGGUUUUCAAACAUACCUUUUGACCAACCUUAGAGUCCUACUACCUCGUACAUUACUGCACAUUAGCUAUGAUUUUAUAUUAUUGAGCCAUUGUUUUUCAGUCAUCAUUUUUGCUUCUUUUAUGGGCAAACUAGUUUUGUGUUCAGUGUUCAGUGUUGAUAACCCUUGAUUUUCUAUACUUUUUUUCCAGUGUUUCCAAUGAUUCUGAUUAUGUCUGUGUGACCUUUAGAAAUGUUCACUACUCCUACUGUAGGGACACAAGGUCCUUAUGGUUCAAACACAAGGUCCAAAUGUCUAUGACAGGGUACCUGUGUAGAAGCCCUCAGACAGCCCAUGUUCUGAAACAGUUAAACCGACUGUUUGGUUUGUCGUUGCUGGUGUUCAGUUACCAACAUUUGGUGUUGGUUCCCUUCUUCAAUCAAAUCAAACUAUAAUGGACAGCCCUCUAUAAGAUCCUUGAAGUCAUUAUCGGGUUUAUACAACACUUUCUAUGCAACUGUCUUUCAUUAGAAACACUGUAAUGAGCAAGUCAUUUCAUUAGCUGUUUCCUUCACAUCCAAUGAGAGACUUUGGGUACAAAACCCACUGGUUUGUCUGGGGGACUACUUCAGCAGAAUUCACUGUGCUUGGUUUUAGAGUUUAAGAGCUACAGAUGCUUCAGCUCCAGUUCAGUUAAAUAAAGUUGAAAACGAAAAGUUA